GGCACUAAAGCACUUCUUAUUCUUUUUCAAGGUAACAUGGACAGGCACCACUAUGAAACAUUUGAGAAGUUUGGUAACGAUACCUUUCUGCUUCAUCUUGAUAAUGGGAGGGCAUUUGGACGCCAUUCUAAAGAUGAGCCUUCUAUCUUAGCUCCUCUCAAACAGUGCUGCAGAAUCCGUCGUUCCACCUGGUACCGCCUUCGUCUUCUUUCCCUGCCUCAGUAUCAGCUUAGUGAUGUCAUGCGCUCUUCGCUUUCCCAUGAUCCCCUGAGCAGUGUGGCUCCCCUGCUGGCUGAGCCCCACCUGGCUGCACUCGACCGCCGUUUGGCCGCUGUUCUGCAGACUGUAAGUGGAUGCCUGAAGCAACAGAGUGAGAAAGGUGGGGACGAGGUCUUCUACGAAGACUUGGAUCACUUGAAAGACUUGUUCGCUUCUGCUGAUUAGAGCAGUUUUAUAAUACCUCGACCAUGAUAAUAUACAGGGUGUCCCAUAAGUCUCCAUACAUAGGAGACAUAAUACAUAUGGUUCUAACAUGUAUUUCUUUAUAUUUCUUCUUUAUAGUUCUUCAGCAGUGGAGGA